AUGGAAGUAUUGAAAUUAAAUUUCCGCCUUCUCAGUAUCAUGGGGAUCUGGAAACCGCGAGGGUGGCGUGGCAUUAAAGCUAUUUUUUAUUACAUUUAUCGAUCUUUCGUAGUUAUUAAUAUUCUCAAUCUCUUAGUGUCCUGCAUCUUAGACAUAAGAUUGAAAAACGUCCAACUCGAUACGUUCGUCGACAAUGUAUCGUUGACCUUCGCAUGGUUCAUCGCCCGGCAAAAAGUCUUCUGUGUGAUCGAAAAUCGCUGUGGCAUUAUUCGCAUAAUGGACUCACUAGCAAAAAAUUCCUUUAAACUGCGAGACUAUCGAGAGGAACUCAUUUUCCAGCGAUUUGAGAAAUUUGCAAGAACUAUAUUCACUUAUUACCCGUUAUUAUUUAUAAGCUCACUACUGACGGAUUCUUUAGGCCACAUAUCUGCCAUGGAUCCACCCUAUUCUCUCCCGUAUCCAGGCUGGUUUCCUUACAAUUACACUCGCUCAACUCAAAUAUACUGGGGGACGGCUGUCUAUCAAGUGUACGCAAUACUCACCUCGGGGACUAUUAAUUUAAUACUAGACUUGUUGCUGCCAUGUAUAAUGUGUUACUUGUGCGGACACAUUCACAUUCUAAGACACAGAUUUCAAGUUAUAACAGAAAAAUUACAAAUAAUGUCGGAAAACGAUAAACCUCAAGAGGAAAUAACUACCGUUGAGCGUAAAAUGAUAGCUGAGUGGGUCGAAAAUCACCGUGAUAUUUUAAAUUUAGUUAAAUUUAUCAAUAAUCUAUUUGAGAGAGUGAUAUUUGUACAGUAUACUGUGAGCUCACUUCUCCUCUGCACCAUCGCAUUCUUACUGUCUCACGCUCAGCCUGGGACGGUGAAAUUUGCUGGAAAUUUAGCUUUUUUUGCAACGAUGUUCUUUCAAAUAUUGCUGCCAUGUUAUUGCGCUGAUAAAUUGAGUUAUGAAUUUUUAGAUAUAUCUACAACAAUAUAUGACACAAAUUGGUAUCACUUAAGCAACAAUGCCCGCAAAUCAGUAGUGAUUAUUAUCCGACAAUCUUAUCGACCUGUUAUGAUAACGAGCAGUUUUUUUAUAGUUUUAUCCCUUGAAUCCUUCACUAAGGUUAUAAAACUUGCGUACACUAUUUUCAAUGUUCUACAAUAA